AUGUGGACAAGCCCCAUGGAGCUCAAGUGCCUUUUGAUGUGGCUCUUGUUUGGAUUCGUCAAGGGGAACAAGCGAGAAGGUUGCCCAGAUCCUCCAAGGAUUGAAUUUGCUGAUGUUACUGCUGAAAUGUAUGUGCCAGGGACCAAGAUGUACUAUGUAUGUGACAGUGGUUAUGACAGAAAAAGUGGCCAUCACCCAGGAAUUCAGUGUAACAGUGGACAGCAGGGUGCCUUUUGGGACUACAGUGGAUUUGAAUGCAUUGAUAAGAACACUUUGCUGUCAACGGGUCCCACGGCCGAGUUACAUUUUAAACAGAAGCCAGAGAGUAAAGCACAAAGCCCCGCACCCCAGAAGCAAGAAAACUUUUCAGAGUUUGAUCAGAAAGAUUUUUGUGGUCCCCCCAAGACUGUUCCACAUGCCUCCAUAAGAGUGAAGAAACCCUAUUACAUGGGACAAGUGCUACAUUUCAAAUGCCAGAGUGGUUAUGAUAAGCGACCCCCCACCUCUGGCACCAGCACGUGCGAGAAGGGGAACAGCAACAUCACCUGGACCCCCCUCGACGUGAGAUGCACCAACGGCAGCAACGCGUGGCCACCACAGACUGUUGAGCCAGCCACCUCAGCCUGGUAA